GCUUCGGCGCCUCCGGGAGCUUAUUCCCGGCCGCGCGCCGGGAGCCCUUCGUCUGCCUUGGGAGCUGCGCUCAGCACGAGGCUGGACUGUCUGACCGAGACGCAGGGGCUCAGGCGGACUCACUGAACUGAGGGGCGAGCAGACAGACGCACAGCGACCGCGAGCUGCGUGCAGGUCCCAGCCAGGCUUGCGCCCAAAGGCGGGCAGUAGACGGUGCCCCGAGGAAUCUCCUGCGCUCUGCAGCCCCGCUCUGGUGCCAGCGCCGCGUGGCCGCCGCCUCCAAAGUGAUUGCUGCCUUGUCGCCUCCACCUCGUCCGGGACCAUGAAGCUGCUGCCGUCGGUGGUCCUGAAGCUCUUUCUGGCUGCAGUGCUCUCGGCGUUGGUGACUGGCGAGAGCCUGGAGCGGCUUCGGAGAGGGCUGGCGGCUGGAACCAGCAAUCCGGACCCUCCCACUGGAUCUACCGACCAGCUGCUACCCCAGGGAGGCAGCCGGGGCCGGAAAGUCCUGGACUUGGAAGAGGCAGAUCUGGAUCUUUUCAGAGUUGCUUUCUCCUCCAAGCCACAAGCUCUGGCCACACCGAGCAAGGAGGAACAUGGUAAAAGAAAGAAGAAAGGCAGGGGGUUAGGGAAGAAGAGAGACCCAUGUCUUCGGAAAUACAAGGACUUCUGCAUCCAUGGAGAAUGCAAAUAUGUGAAGGAGCUCCGGGCUCCAUCCUGCAUCUGCCACCCGGGUUACCACGGAGAAAGGUGCCAUGGGCUGAGUCUCCCAGUGGAAAAUCGCUUGUAUACAUAUGACCACACAACCAUCUUGGCUGUGGUGGCUGUGGUGCUGUCAUCUGUCUGUUUGCUUGUCAUCGCAGGGCUUCUCAUGUUUAGAUAUCAUAGGAGAGGAGGUUACGAUGUGGAAAAUGAAGAGAAAGUGAAGUUGGGCGUGACUAAUACCCACUGAGAGAGACCUGUGCUCAAGGAAUCGGCUGGGGACUGCUGCUACCUCUGAGAAGACACAGGUUGGUUGCAGACUCUGCAGAGGGCAAGGACUUCACAACUAGUCACAAAGACUCCUUCAUCCCCAGUUGCUAUCUCGAUUGGGCCUCCCAUAAUUGCUUUGCCAAAAUACCAGAGCCUUCAAGUGCCAAACAGAAUAUGUCCAGUGGGAUCUGGGUCAGAAGAAAGCAAAAAUGAGGAACCUUCAUGCCCUUCUGAUUCUCCUCUACCAAGCCCCACUCCCUCCCCUAAGUUUGUUUAAAUGCUUCUCUUCUGGAUUAAAAUGCCAGUUAAAUUCCAUAUGCUCCAGGAUCUUUGACUGAAAAAAAAAAAAGAAGGAAGAAGAGCAAGAAGGAAAGAUUUGUAAACUGAAAGAAAGCAACAAAGAUUGAGAAGCCAUGUACUCAAGCAGCCACUGAGGGAUCUGCCAUUUGGACCCUCCAGAGCUGGAUUUGAUGAGCUAACUGUGAAAUACCACAAGCCUGAGAACUCUGAAUUUUGGGACUUCUACCCAGAUGGAAAAAUAACAACUAUUUUUUGUUUGUUUGUUUGUAAAAUGCCUCUUAAAUUAUAUAUUUAUUUUAUUCUAUGUAUGUUAAUUUAUUUAGUUUUUAACAAUCUAACAAUAAUAUUUCAAGUGCCUAGACUGUUACUUUUGCAAUUUCCUGGCCCUCCACCCCACAUCCCUACCAUCUGGCUCGGUGUCAUCCUCCCCUGCUGCAAAUCUGAGAUGGCUCUAUCACCCAUCUGUAGUAAUUUAUUGUCUGUCCACAUUUUUUAAGACCUUCCAUGAUCAAAGUACCACAUGGGGAGUUCUGUAUGGUCAGGAUGUAGGGUUAACUUGGUCAGAGCCGCUCUAUGAGUUGGACUGCAGUCUUGUCUAGGCGAUUUUGUCUACUGUUUGUGUUUUGAAAGCCCAAGGUGCUGAUGUCAAAGUGUAACAGAUAUCGAUGUUUCCCUGUGUCCUCUCCCUGCCAAAUCUCAGAAGAGGUUGGGCUUCCAUGCCUGCAGCUUUCCCUCACCCUAUGGCUCCAGACCCACAGAGUGGGAACUCACCCUCCCUUGUGUCAAGACAUUUCUCUUACUCCUGCCAUUCUUCUGGUGCUACUCCAUGCAGGGGUCAGUGCAGCAGAGGACAGUCUGGAGAAGGUCUUAGCAAAGAAGAAGGUCGAGGUGGAAAAGGGAACAUUGAAGCUGACUGAUAAUUGGUAAUUGAUUACCUACCAACUGCUACAGAGAAGGUUGGAGGUAGGGAAGGCUUUUGUGUAACCCCAUCCACCUCACCAAAACUACAAAGGUAUGCUGUCAUGGUCCCUUCUGGAAGUUUCUGGUGCCAUUUCUGAACUGUUACAACCUGUAUUUCCAAACCUGGUUCGUAUUUAUACUUCGCAAUCCAAAUAAAGAUAAUCCUUACUCCACA